AUGACAAACAUAAUAACAGACUCUGCGAUUACGUUGAUAAACUCAUGGAAUCGUAUAAUUGAAGUUGAGGGUGGAAUCGCGGACAUAAAAAUCGACCAACACAUGAGAAGCUUUUCCGGAGAUGUGAUUUCGAGAGCUUGUUUUGGAAGUAAUUACUCUAAAGGAGAGGAGAUUUUUCGUAGGAUCAAAGCUCUCGAAGAAGCUGAAUCUAAGAAAGUUUUGGCUACUGGUAUUCCCGGCAUGAGAUAUCUUCCAACUAAGAGAAAUAAAGAAGCAUGGGCAUUGGAGAAGGAAAUUCAUACACUGGUGUUAAAGGUAGUGAAGGAGAGGAAUGAAGCUGGUUAUGAGAGAGACUUAUUGCAAAUGAUUCUUGAAGGUGCCAAAAAUAGUGAUCUGAGCAAAGACGCGCUUGACCGAUUCAUUGUUGAUAAUUGCAAAAACAUCUAUUUGGCUGGGUAUGCGACCACUGCAGUUUCAGCCACGUGGUUGCUUAUGCUAUUGGCUUCGAACCCAGAGUGGCAAGAUCGCAUUCGUGCCGAGGUGAUUGAAGUUUGUAGGGGCCAAAUUCCAAAUAAUGAUAUGAUUCGUAAGAUGAAACAGCUAGCAAUGGCGAUUAAUGAGUCAAUGCGCCUUUAUCCUCCUAACACUGCGGUGUCAAGGGAGACCUUGAAGGACAUGAAAUUCGGGGGUAUUCAUGUACCCAAGGGUGUGAUUAUUUGGACUUUGCUGACAGCACUGCACACCGACCCUGAAAAUUGGGGUCCUGAUUCUUACAAGUUUAAUCCAGAGAGGUUUGCAAAUGGGAUCACAGGUGCAUGCAAGCUUCCACACUUAUACAUGCCAUUUGGUGUCGGACCAAGGGUGUGUCUUGGACAGUACCUGGCUUUACUUGAGCUAAAGAUAGUGACCUCUCUCAUUUUGUCCAACUUUUCUUUCUCUCUCUCUCCAACAUAUGUUCACUCACCAACUCUACAUUUGGUCAUAGAGCCUGGACAGGGAGUGAACCUUUUGGUGAAGAGGCUGUGA